AUGCAAACAACUUGGAGCAGCCAACUAACAGACAAUUCUCACUGGAAGACUGAAAUCAAAAAUUCGCGAAAAACAUUUGAAGAGAUUCAAAAGGAGGAAGAGGCCGCAGCAGUACAUGAGCGUGAGACAAAGGCGCAUCUUGGUGGCACCGUCGGCCAUUUUCAGCAAUCAAAUUCGACAAUCAAUAGCUGGGGUUUCUAUCAAACACCUGAACACGUGUCAUUGGCCGAUGUACAAAAGCUGCAGGCAGAGCACGAAUUUGUGGAGCAGCAGCGCCGAAUUCUGGCGGACAUCGAGCGAGAGCAAGCAGUCAAAGCUCAAGCAGGUGAUACUAUCCUAUCAAAAGUGACGGAUUCAAAAAAAGGAUCUCGGAAUAACCGAAAAGGAAAGAAGGUCAAUGCUGGCACAGGAGAGGGAAAACCCGCUGUGUUAACUUGUUGCACAAAUGGAAGUGUUGAGAGUCAGAGCAGACGAAAUAAGCAGAAAAAAGCUAAGGAACGUAAGGCCGCUCGAAAGGCAGCGGGUGAGAAGUUUGCGGGAGAUGCAAUUGCAGACUUAAAUGGGAAGAAAUCUCGUACACAGCGUCAUGUAAAGCUCUUGCCUGAUGUUGCGUGA